UUAAAAUAAUUCAGUUGUAGACCAGUCGUGAUCUCAAGCGGAUGUGUUGUCCGUAGUAGUUCGUUCGUUUGUACACGCCGCACGCCAGCCAUAUGUUUUACCGAUAUACGCUAAAGGCAAAGUAAAAGCCAACGAAUCGAUUAAGCAGUGACAAAUCGUUUGGUUAAUAAGUGUAUUGAAAACAAUUUUGAGAAUAUUUUUUCUUGUAUAUAUGAUAAGAAAUAAGCAAAACGCCGGAAUUGUGUUACAAAUCAAAAAUUAAAAAUAAAAUAAUAAUAAAGAGUAACACACACACACACCACAAAACAAACUGGUUUUAAAAUCCUGACUACUGAUGAAUUGUGCAAUUGUUUUUGUUGUUGUUACGUUAAUGAGUACGCGCGCGCACGGUCGCAUUAGUCAUUAAUUAAAAAUUAAUUAAAGCGCUUUAGUUGAAAGCUAACAAAUUUGCGAUCGAACAAAGGUGACAAGCCAAUUUGAGCGUGAAAAAGCGAAAAACGAAAACAAGAAACCAAAAUUGAAACAAAUUGCAGUGAGCAACAAAAAAAUAGAUUGCAAAAAAGCACAGCAGUGUUGAACAGAUUUAAUUUUUAAACCCGUGUCUGAGACUGUAAAAAUAUGCACUGUUUAAAGUCAAGCAGCUGUGCACUGUGACAUGUUUGCUGACUGCUUUUAUAAAAUAUUAUAAAAAAAAAUUAUUAUUAUUUAAAAACUAAUAUUGUGCAAAAUCAAUAGAACAGCAGCGCCAAACAGAUACUCGCCACCCCGCUGCCCCAUGUUAAAGCUGUCAUCCACAGGAAUGACUGUCACUGGUUUACGCACAAGCAUGACAAGCCCGACGGUACCGCCGCAAACAGCGUCCGCCGCCAUCACCACCACCAUGACAAUGACCAGCCCCAGCACGCUGGUGGUCAGUCCCGCACAUUUAAUUGGCGGUAACAACAACAACAGUAAUAACAUCAGUCCAAAUACAAAUCUCAAUCGUAGCGGCAGUAAUAGCAGUCCAACAUCACCUUCCACACUCCUCUUAACGCAUCAGCAACAACAAACGUUGCAGCAACAAUUGCUGCCGCUCCAUACCCAGUCAACGCAUAGUCAUCCGCAUCAAUUGAAUAAGACCAGCUCACGUUUGAGUAAUUUCAGCGUCGCCUCACUGUUGGCCGAUACACGACCAGCCGCAAAUCUAUCGCCAACACGCACCCACAGCGCGGACGCCAUGCAAAUGGAGCCGCGCAAUUUGUCCAGCCACACACCAGCCGUCACGUUGUCACCUGUUUCACCGGCAGGCUCCUCACCCGCCUCACCCAAUGCCGCACACAGCGCGCAACCGUUAGCGCCACAUGCCGCCAACCAUCCGCCACAGCAUCAGCAUCCACACGCGCACUUUCAUUCCGCCGCCGUUGCACAUCAUGCACAUCUCUUACAUGCCGCAGCAGCCGCACACGCGCAACAACAGCACGCCGCCGCUGUGGCGGCCGCAGCAGCAGCACAACAAGCUGCCGUUGCGGCAGCGGCUAACAGUGGCGCGGCGCCACAUUUGCACGCCGCAACGGCACAUUUGCGCCACACGUUGAGUAGCAGUUCAGCGGAAGCGCCCACAAAUCUAGUUACCACAGAAGGUGGCAGCAGCAAUGCGCAACAUCAAGCAGCUGCGGCGCGCCUUGGUUCACCCGCCGGCCACAUGAGCGGUCCCAGCGCGGACACAUCCUCCUCCUCAUCUGCCACUGCAGCGUUGCUGGCGAAACAUGAACGUCACUCGCCCAUCGGCAGCUCGGUGGAUUCAGAGUUGGAGUAUGAUGAUGAUUACAAUGAGCACGAGCACGAUGGUGAGCAUGAACAUGAUGAAGAGGAAGACUCGAUAGUGGAUAUUGAAGAUAUGAAUGCGGAUGAUUCGCCGCGCUCGACACCGGACGGCAUGGAUAGCAGUAAAUCGCCCGAAACACUUAGCGGUCAUAUGCCCAACUCACCGCAUUUGCUCUCACCAGCAGCACUAGCGGCCUCAGGUCAUGUACCCAUCCGGCCGACACCUUUCAGCGCGCUCGCUGCAGCCGCGGUGGCGUGGGGUGGCAUCGGCGGUGGUGUACCAUGGCCGGGUGCGCGUCAAAUGCCACCAUUCGGGCCACCGGGCCUCUUUCCAGGACAAGGAUUCGGCGGAGGUGACAACAACGAGCCGCCACGCAUCAAAUGCAAUCUGCGCAAACACAAGCCAAAUCGUAAACCACGCACCCCCUUCACCACCCAACAGCUGCUCUCGUUGGAGAAGAAAUUCCGCGAAAAGCAAUACCUGAGCAUAGCCGAACGCGCCGAAUUCUCCUCAUCCCUGCGCCUCACCGAAACCCAAGUGAAAAUCUGGUUUCAAAAUCGACGCGCCAAAGCGAAACGACUGCAGGAAGCCGAAAUUGAGAAAAUCAAAAUGGCUGCGCUGGGACGUGGUGGUCCGGGUGCGCAAUGGGCGAUGGCCGGUUACUUUCAUCCCAGUCUAAUGCAUUUGGGUUAAGCAGCGAAGCCGAGCGUGUGACGUACUAGUAGCCAAAUGGCUUAGACCCAGUUCUUACAUAACACAUUUCAAAACUGUUUUCAUUAGUUAAGCGGCAGUGCGCAGUUUAUUUUGUGCAACACUGUUUAAUUUGUAGUUUCUAAUUUGAUGGUUAUGUAUUCGUAGUUUAACUUACCCCAAUUGCUGUGAUGUUAGCGCAUUUUACAUUGUAACUGUAAAUAUAUAUAUUAUAUACAUAUAAAGUAAAAAAUUGAAUUUAAUGAAGAUUCAUUAAUUUGUAUAGUAUAAUUUAUAAGAAUAAGUUAUUUAGUGGAAAUUGUAAAAUAGAAGCUUUGCAAAAAAAGGGCACACAAACUCAGUUCACUCAGCAAUGAAAAUUUUUUUUUUAAUUAUGAUAAAUUGAUUAAACAAAAAAAAUAUGAUUCGGCAAUAAUUUGAUGAUUUAUGGCGGAAUAUUUUUAUUUCAGAAUAUGCAUUACAAUUUUUGUAAAAUUAUUAAUUUCUUAGCAUUUUUAUUUUUUCAAAAUAAUUUUUUGUUUUUGUAUUUUAAACUUUAUGAUUUGUUUAAAUUAAUUUAAAUUUUUAUUUUUCAUUUACUUAAUAUAAACUAAUUCAAUUUUUUUCUAAAAAAAAUAAUUUAAUUUAAAAAUGUUUAUUAUUUUUUUUUAAUAUUAUUAUUUUUUUUUAUUUUUUAUUCAUACAACAACUAUUCCAAAGUUAGUUAGCCAACAACAAAUAAUUAUUUUUAUUGUAAAAAAAUUCAAAAUUGUAAAUAGCAUUACCAUAAAUGUUGGCACUUAACACAGAUUAACUCCACAUAAAGAUAUCAAAUUCAUGAGCAACAGAUGCGCAAACAAAGCUUGGACGAAAAAAAAAAAAACAAAAAAAAAAUAUUUUCUGCUAAAAAAUUACAAAUCAAAAGCUGAAACAAUAUAAAAAAAAUAAAAAAGAAUAAAAAACAACACUAAAAAAUAGCAAAUGAAAAAAGUCAACAACAGCAUCCAAAUACAUACAUAUAAACGGAAAUACAAAAAUCAUUCUCUAACUUGUAGCUUUUAUGUAAAUACAAACACAUGCAGUUAGUUAAUCAAUUAGUUAGUUAGACUAGCGCUUAAGUAGUUGUAUAUAUAUUUAUGUAAACACGCUAAUACAAUAAACAAAAAUGCUGUUAAAAAUAAUUAUGUAAUUAAUAUUGUAUUAUUCUAUUAUGAUUAGUAAUCAAAGAUUUACAGCUAAAUAAACGCAUACAUAACAAAUAAGGCACUGUAAUCAUAAACAAAAAAAAAACUAUAAAAAAGAAGAAAAAAACAACAACAAUUGCAAAAUAUAAUUUAUUAUUAGCACUUAAAAUUAUUUAAAUAAAAACAACUGUACAUCUACAUACAUACCUACUUAUUUAACUAGCUAUAAAUAAACGUAAAUACCUAAAAUAGUUAUGUUAAUUCGUAAGUUGAGAGAAAACAAGUCGUGCACAUAAGAAUAUUAAAUUAAUGAAUAAAACAACAAAAUCAUAUUAAAAUAAGCAUAAAAAAACAGAAUAAAAGUGAAAGCCUUUUUGAAGAAAAAAUCA